AAAGCUGAUAUAUUUGGCACUUACUACUGUGAAAAUUUGCGAUAUAAUGUUGAACUAUUUUUCGGAGAAAUUUCUGGGCCUUCUUUUUAUUUGAAUAAUUCUGGAAAAUCUCAUGCUAUUGAAAACCAAAUCAAGUUGGGAAAAUGUGGAAAAGACUCACUUGAAGACUUUCGUAGACCUUUGGCUUCCCGAGCAUUGACUACCUCCUUGGAACCAGAAUUUCAGAAUUAUUUUAAAUCAAGAUAUCAAUAUGAAUAA